AUGGUGGGAGGAGGGUGGGUGUACCGAGUGGUGAGCAUCUGCCUGGGCUGCCCCCCGUCGUCGUUCACGUGGGACUACAAGGAUAAGGAGAAGGCCUUCCACAGCCUGGGGCCCCUCACCCCCCUCCAGUUCUACCAGCAGCACGUGCAGCCGCUCUACGACGUGGCCACCAAGGUGUGCCUGGUGAACGACCCGCGUCCCCACCACCAGUUUGGCCGCCUCUACACCGUCGAGUUCCUGGGCAACGUGGUGGGCGGACAGCGCACGGUCUACGUGAACCAGCCCGCACAGCUGCUCAAGAGCCUGGCGGCAGCCUCCAUCCGCAGUGGAGAGGCGGUGUGGUUUGGUUGCGACGUCGGGAAACAUUUCCACGGCAAACUGGGCAUCCACGACAUGAACCUGUAUAACCACGAGUUGGUGUUUGGAGUGUCCGUGAAGUCGAUGACCAAGUCGGAGCGGCUGAUCUACGGGGACUCGCUGAUGACCCACGCCAUGGUUCUCACAGCCUACUCCGACACGGAGGGCAAGGAGGGUGCUGAGUAUGAGAAGUGGAGGGUGGAGAACUCGUGGGGUGAUGAUCGUGGAUGCAAAGGCUACCUGUCCAUGUGUGACGCGUGGUUCUCCGAGUUUGUCUACGAGGUGGUGGUGGACCGCUCGCUGUGCCCCGAGGCGGUGCUGGCGGUGCUCUCGCAGGAGCCGCACGUGCUGCCCGCCUGGGACCCCAUGGGGGCCCUCGCCUGCUGAGAGAGAACACCACCCCCCCAGGGAGACCCCCACACACACAGAGACACACAGAGACACAGAGACACACACACACAGACACACACAGACACCACACACACAGACACACACAGAGACACACACACAGACACACACACAGACACACACACAGACACACACACACACAGACACACACACAGACACACACACAGACACACACACACACAGACACACACACAGACACACACACAGACACAGAGACACACACACAGACACACACAGAGACACACACACACACAGACACACACAGAGACACACACACAGACACACACAGACACACAUAGACCCCCACACAGACACAGACACACACAGAGACACACACAGGAUCCACACGUGCUGCCCGCCUGGGACCCCAUGGGGGCCCUCGCCUGCUGAGAGAGAACACCCCCCCCCCAGGGAGACCCCCACACACAGAGACACACAGAGACACAUAGAGAGACACAGAGACACACAGAGACACACAGAGACACACACAGUGACACACAGAGACACACACACACACAGAGACACACACACACACAGAGACCCACACAGACACACACAGAGACACACACACAGAGACACACAUAGAGACACACACACAGAGACACACACACAGAGACACACACACAGAGACACACACACAGAGACACACACACAGAGACACACACACAGAGACACACAGAGACACACAGAGACACACAGAGACACACAGAGACACACACACACACACAGAGACACACAGUGACAAACACACAGAGACACAGAGACACACAGAGACACACAGAGACACACACACAGAGACCCCCACACACAGAGACACAUACACAGAGACACAUACACAGAGACACACACAGACAGAGACACACAUAGAGACACACACAGAGACACACACACAGAGACACACACACAGACACACACAGAGACCCCCACACACAGAGACACACACACAGAGACACACACACACACACAGUGACAAACACACAGAGACACACAGAGACACACACACACACACACAGUGACAAACACACAGAGACACAGAGACACACAGAGACACACAGAGACACACACACAGAGACCCCCACACACAGAGACACAUACACAGAGACACACACACAGAGACACACACAGACAGAGACACACAUAGAGACACACAUAGAGACACACACAGAGACACACACACAGAGACACACACACAGAGACACACACACAGACACACACAGAGACACACACACAGACACACACAGAGACACACACACAGACACACACACAGACACACACAGAGACACACACACACACAGAGACACACACAGACACACACACACAGAGACACACACACACACAGACACGCACACAGACACACACACACAGGAGCCGCACGUGCUGCCCGCCUGGGACCCCAUGGGGGCCCUCGCCUGCUGAGAGAACACCCCCCCCCCCAGGGAGACCCCCACACACACAGAGACACACACACAGAGACACACACAGAGACACACACAGAGACACACACACAGAGACACACACACACACAGAGACACACACACACACAGAGACACACACACAGAGACACACACACAGAGACACACACACAGAGACACACACACAGAGACACACACAGAGACACACACACAGAGACACACACACACACACACACAGAGACACACAGAGACACAGAAACACACACAGAGACACAUACACAGACACACACACACACAGAGACACACACACACACACAGAGAGACCCACACACACACAGAGAGACCCACACAGAGACACACACAGAGACACACACAGACACCACACACAGAGAGACACACAGAGACACACACACACAGAGACACGCACAGAGACACACAGAGACACACAGACACACACACAGGAGCCGCACGUGCUGCCCGCCUGGGACCCCAUGGGGGCCCUCGCCUGCUGAGAGAAGACUACCCCCCCAGGGAGACCCCCACACAGAGACACACACAUAGAGGCACACAGACACACAUAGAGGCACACAGACACACAUAGAGGCACACAGACACACGUAGACCCCAUAGACACAGAGACACCACACAGAGACACCACACACACACCACACACACACAACCACCACACACCACACACACACCACACAGAGACACCACACACACACCACGUACACUACACACACACCACACACACACCAAUACCACACACACACCACACCAAUACCACACACCGCACACACACCACACACACACCACACACACACCGCACACACACCGCACACACACCGCACACACACCGCACACACCACACACACCACACCCCCCAUACACUCCCCAUACACACCAUCACCAUCAUCACAAUCAUUCUCUCCAUCACCAUCAGCAGCAGCCAGGGUCUCUCCACUGUUGGAUGUGGCGGUGAUGAUGGUGGUUGUGGUGGUGGUUGUGGUAGUGGUGAUGGUGGUAGUGGAGGUUGUGAUAAUGGUGGUGGUGGUGGUGGAGGAGGUUGUGGUGGUGGUGAUGGUGGUAGUGGUGAUGAUGAUGGUGGUGGUGGAGCUUGUGGUGAUGGUGGUGGUGGUAGUGGCAGUGGAGGAGAUGGUGGUAGUGGUGAUGGUGGUGUGGUGAUGGUUGUUGCUGGUGGUAGUGGAGAUGGUGGUGGUGGUAGUGGUGAUGGUUGCUGCUGGUGGUAGUGGAGAUGGUGGUGGUGAUGAUGGUGAUUGUUGUUGGUGGUGGUGGUAGUGGAGAUGGUGGUGGUUGCUGGUGGUAGUGGAGAUGGUGGUGGUGGUUGGUGGUGGUAGUGGAGAUGGUGGUUGGUGGUGGUAGUGGAGAUGGUGGUGGUGGUAGUGGAGAUGGUGGUGGUGGUUGUUGGUGGUGGUAGUGGAGAUGGUGGUGGUGGUUGGUGGUGGUAGUGGAGAUGGUGGUUGGUGGUGGUAGUGGAGAUGGUGGUGGUGGUAGUGGAGAUGGUGGAGAUGGUGGUGAUGGUUGUUGCUGGUGGUAGUGGAGAUGGUGGUGGUGGUUGGUGGUGGUAGUGGAGAUGGUGGAGAUGGUGGUGGUGGUUGUUGGUGGUGGUGGUUGUUGCUGGUGGUAGUGGAGAUGGUGGAGAUGGUGGUGGUGGUAGUGGAGAUGGUGGAGAUGGUGGUGAUGGUUGUUGGUGGUGGUGGUUGUUGCUGGUGGUAGUGGAGAUGGUGGAGAUGGUGGUGGUGGUUGUUGGUGGUGGUGAUGAUGGUGAUGGUGGUGGUGGUGGUUGUUGCUGGUGGUGGUUGUUUGUUUGUUAACGGUUUUGCUGUUGUCAUGAACACACGGUGGUCACCCACAAUGCAACGGGGUUUCUAAUCAUUGAUCUGGGAAGUUUUUGUUUUCAAUUAAACUCGUUUUAAUCACUCG